AUGGCCGCCGUCAAUCUGGGACAACCUGCGUUGCUAUCGCCGGGCCCUAUCUCCCAGGAUGACGCAUCCGAGAUACUCGGCAGCAUCAGCAUGGCUGCUUUUCUCUGCCUCUUGAUCCCGCAGCUUGCCGCCAACUACAAGUUGAAGAGCGCGGACAGCUUAUCUAUGGCAUUCCUGUUCAUUUGGCUUUUGGGAGAUGUCACCAAUUUACUAGGCGGUUUAGCGAACGGCAUCGCGCCCGCAAGCAUAGCCGUGACAACAUAUCUUUGCUUUUCGGACUCCACACUCAUUUGCCAGUGCCUGUACUACAACUCCAAACGUCGGAUCCAAAACCUCGUACAGCCCAGCACGCCACGAUCGCAAUCUCCCGAGCGACGACCUCUUCUCGAACCCGCAGACUCUUCUGAAGACGUGAACUCAACGGGUCACUACCAAGUUGCCUCUCCCGGCUCGACUCAAGUUGUGGACAAGGAUGAGGAAACCGACAUUAGCACUGUACGCACUCUGCACGACUGGCGGUUUAAUGCGGCAUGCCUUGUCAUGGUCGCUAUCCUGGGGAUCUCAGGAUGGUUCUUGCUUCGUCAGCUUGGGUUGCUUGGCGGUGAGGAUCCUCCUGGAGCCGUCAGCGUUACAGAACUGCCAGGUAUUUCCGAAUCUGUUGGUUCAGCAUUGGGAGUCAUCGGCGCGAUCUGCUAUCUGUGUGCCCGGAUUCCUCAGAUCAUCAAGAAUUACAGAGGAAAGUCUUGUGAAGUGUCAUUGCGUACAAGCAAGACAAAGAGUAUUUACUUACCAGCCUUCCGUGGCUAA